UCAGCGACUUAUGGCGGGACGGCGGGACAUUUUGACACUGGGGUGGAACUGACACCACGUCACUGACAUCCUCAGUGACACCAAUACAGUGAUCAGUGCUAAUAAAAUCCACUGACACUGUACUAAUGACCCUGGGCAGGAAGGGGUUAACAUCUGGGAUGAUCAAAGGGUUAACUGUGUGCUGUGUGUGUGCUUUACACGGUAAGCACACUGCUUUGUAUGGCUCUGCUAUGCAGAGCCAUACAAAGCAGUGUGCAGGAGCUGACAGGGGAGAGAUCUGUAUUGUUUACAUACAGGUCUCUCCCCUGUCCAUGAUACACUGUGAUUGCUGGGUGCGGACGAGGAAUCACUGGCUAGGAUCCUUUGAUUGACAGCCGAGGCCGCUAAUGGCGGCGCG